AGCGGGGAGGAGAUCAAGCUCAUCAAGCUGAAGAAGAACUGGCGCUGCGUGCGGUGCGGCGGCGAGCCCACCGACAAGAAGACCGUGGAAAAGGAAAACUCCCGCGGUAAGCUUACCAUCAAGGUGGACAACAAAAACCUCUCUACGAAGGUGGAGGGGACGGAGAGGCGCGGCAGCACGACGACGACGACGACAACCACCUCCUCCACAAGGGAGACAUUGCUGACCAACGGCCAGCGCCGAGAGGAGUCCUUCACCUCAGGCGAUGAGACGGACGUGCCCAACGCGGACAAGACGGCCACCCCCACCGGCGUGGACAGCUACAUGUGGGAGCUGGAGGACAUGCGCCGGCGGCAGGAGGAACAGUACGCGCGCAAGGUUACGGACAAGGAGAACAUCCUCCUCAACGCCGAUGUGCACGUGCAGCUUCCCAAGUCAUCCCGCGAGUCCUCUCCGGACGCGCGCGGUGUUCCUGGGCGCGCGGGGUCGGUGUGCACGGCGGGCGACGAGUCGGACAGCAGCCGGCCGCGGUACGCGGACCGCGUGAGCGAGCCCGGCUCUGACGAGGAGGGCCCCGGGCCCCGCCAGGGCUCCGUCAACAAGCUGCCCCAGCUGGACGAGCGGAGGUCCAGCGAGCAGCGGGAGUUGGAGCGUGACGGACUUGAAGAGGAUGAGAACGACGUGGCGAACCUCAGCGUGUCCGACAAGGUGAACCGCUUCAUGGAGAGCUCCCGCACGCUGUCCAUCUCCGAGCUCAAGACGGUGCAUCGUCCUUCCACCACCACCACGACCGGCACCACCAGCCCGGACCAUCCGGGCAACGUGAGCAAGGCCAAGGCGCUGUUCGAGAACAUCGCGAGCGGCCAGCAAGGCCACAAGCACGACCAGGACGACGAGGAGGAGCUCGAGCAGCAGCAGGAGCGACGGCAGAGCAGCAGCGAGGUGGUCACCACCGUCACGUCGACCUCCACGCCCCAGCAGAUCGACGUACUGAGCCGCCCGUCCAUCUUUGACGGUAGGAAAGUCUUGACGGAGACCACCAUCGAGACCACGACUACCACGGCCACGGUGCCGGAUAUUCCUGUUGGGGUGACUAUCGCCAAGGACACGCUGCCCAGAAAGCGCUCUCCAUCACCAGAGCCACCCAGCUACGGCAUCGACUACAACAAGAAGCCUGAGCCGAAGCAGACCACACCGUCUCGUGCCAACGUCACCCCGAGUCGACAUGACUCGUUCCCUAAAGACACAAAGACGACAACAUCGAAGAAGACUACAGACACCACGGACUCGGUCCGCAGGGAUUCCGUACGGAGGGAGCUCUUCCCGGACACGAAGAAAACCACCACAACAUCUAGCACUAAGACAAGCGCCGCGACGUCCUUCCUCGACAACGAACGCAGCAGCACAGUGCAACAGCGUGCAGGCACCUCCCGCACCACGUCCCCCGUGAAGGACGUGCCGAGGACGGACUCUGCCACCACUCCCUCUCGCACCACGUCCCCCGUGAAGGACGUGACGAGGAAGGACUCCGCUACAUCCUUCAAGGACCUGACUAAAAGGGGAUCCUCGUCCUCCAUCAGGGAGGUUACCAGGAAGGAGUCCUCGUCGUCCCUCAAGGACAUCACUAGGAAAGAGUCGUCAUCCUCCAUUUCUAGGAGGGAAUCCGCAUCCUCAAUCACCAAGAGGGACUCCUCAACCUCCAUCACCAGGAAGGACUCGUCGUCGCCAACGAAGGACGUCGCCAAGAAGAGCACCCCGGCAAGGUCACCUUCGCCCACCAACAAACCAAAGCAGCUUGACAUCCUCAGCCGUCCCUCCAUCUUCGAAGGUAGAAAGAUGAUGGCGGCGAAGGAAGGCUCCUCGAAGACCAUCAACACGACCACGACGACCAGCACGACCAGCACGACCCGCCCGGAGCCCAAGAGCCCGACCAAGGACGCCCCCGCGGCGCCCAGCUUCUCCUUCUUGGACCGCCCCACCGAGAGCAGCCUGGCGCGGGUGAACAAGUUCGGCGUGCACUUGCGCAGCACGGCGUCCUCGUCGACCACCUCCUCCACGAGGGAACAGCGCAGGCCGAGCGCCGUGUACCUGGACGACCAGGAGCUCAACAUCGAGGAGGUGUUCGACAUCGAGUUCCUCGAAACCAUCCUGGAGCGCGUCGUGGGUUACGAACAGCGGCGACGCAUUCGCACGCAGAUCCGUAAAGCCAGAGAGCAGGCGGAACACCAGGACGUCAAGACGUCGACCAAGACCAGCACAAGCAAGGUGGGAAACACGACGACCGAGAAGGUGAGGACCACGACCACCUCCCAGUCGCCGACCAGCAAAGUCGUCACGACCAGGAUCACCACGACGAGCACCACCAACUCGGGCGGCAGAAAGUCGACCGGUGCCGGGGGGCCAUCGUCGCCGACGCGGUCCUCACCGACGCGGUCCUCACCGACGCGGUCCUCGCCGACUCGAUCUUCCCCUGAGCGUUCACCUAGUCGCUCCCCAGACCGAUUUGCUACAAGAAAAUCGUCCACCUCGUCUACGUCUAAGUCUCACGACACCACGGAGCGUCGGCGUUCUUCUGCCACGUCCACCACCAUCAGCUCCAGCAUGAGAGCCAGCUCCCGGACGGAGAGCUCCGCGGACAAGACCAAGUCCACGGCAUCGCUGGGGAGGCUGGCGGGUCGCGAGGCGGCGAGGGAGGCCUGCCCCACCGACUCCAUCACGUCGAGCUACGGCGUGGGUCCCACCGACGACCGGGGGCGCCCCUUGUUCGGGCUCAAGGCGCUGCGUCGCACCAACACGAACCGCACUCUGGAGCCGGAGCCCGCCAGUGGGACGACGACGAAGCAGACAUCGACCUCCACAUCCACCUACACGUCGUCGUCGUCGUCGACGGCGAACACCAGCUCCUCGCGGCCCAGGGCGGCGGACAUCACCGACUCGUCGGGCCUGCCGCUGUUCGGCGGCCUGCGGGCGCUCAAGAUCAGCAGCACCAACAGCAGCGCGACCGCGAGCGAGCAGAACGGAGCCAGCGGCCCCGGCUCACCGCCCCUGCGGGACCUGGUGCAGCGCCACGAGCAGCACGCCCGUGAGAGCUCGGCCACGCCGCCGGCGCAGCAGCUGACGCAGCGGCCGCGCGCCAAGCUCCGCGAUAGCUUCGUGCAGGACGACGAGACCCCCGUCCUGGAGAGGGCCGAGUCCUUCAGGUCCACGACCUCGAUUCAGUUGUCCCCCUGCAACGCUGGCGCCUCCCCAAAGUUCUCGUUUGAAAAGUCUGAAAAAAGCGGUGGCAGCCGCGUUGACGAAGAGUCGUUGGAGGUUUCCAGGAAGAAACUUUCAGACGACUCCAGAUCGUCGUCGUCGUCGCCGCCGCCGCCGUCCUCCGGCCUGAAAUCCCUCAUCGGGAAGCAUGAGCUCAUUUCCAGUAGUGGUGACUCGCUCCUGGACUCCUCCCGGCGCGGUAUCCUCAAGAAGCCCCGCGACGAGGGCGUGACCACCUCCACCUCCUCCUUCUCGCGCUCCACCGUGGUGAGCCAGCGCCAGGUCGUUGGCCCUGACGGCACCGUGUCGCUCACCAGGGACGUCAUCCGUGGAGAGACGGUGUCCAAGCCCGGGCAGGAGCCGGUCACCAACGUGUCGCGCGAGCACUUCGCCUACGAGACCCCCGAGCCCUCGGCGCUGUCCAUCACCCAGCUGGACAGCGAGGACGAGGAGGUCCGCAGGUCCGGCAGCAGGAAGAGCUCGCCUUCGCCUGACCGCGUGCUCAUCGAGUCAGCUCAAAGUUCCAAAAGGUCAUCUCGAAACUUUGAAGAGGAUACCAAAUUUAGUAGUUCUUUCAGAAGAUCAUCAGCCCAAGAUGACUUUAUUCAAACAGAAAAAGCACAUUCAACAUUGGCAUCUCAAAAUGGAGACGAAGUGGACGACCGUGGAAGCCGUUCAUACUCAAGUAAAGUUACAAGAGACAACCCCAACAAAUGGUCCAAUACCGUAUCAACCAAAAAGACUGACGGCAAUGCUACAACCCACACAACUACUACCACCUCUAAAGAGCGGCGGGCAUCCGGCGGAGUGACAUCGGAAUCAACAAGCGUUUCAUCCAAGAGCGUAACUACUACUAAAAGUUCAUCUCCUUCACGAAAGUCGCCAACCAGAGAAGUAAGCAGCAAAAAGCAAACAAAUGACAAGAGCUCUACAGGUAGCAGUUCUGAAUCAAAAAGUACAAGCCGUUUCACAAGUUCAUCACGCACUUCGACGUCUCGAAAUAGUAGUUCUUCGAGUAUCGAAAGACGAAGGUCAUCAGCAACCGCUGAUGAUGCAUCCGAGGAGGGUUCCUCAACAGUUACCAGCAGCUUGUUAAGAACCUCUCAAAGAGGCUCGGUUCGGGCAUUGCAAGAAAAAUUCCAAAAAGCUGCAGCUGACGCAAACAGUGCUGACACCGCCCGAUCAAAUCGCUCUUACCCCAAGGCGGGAUUAAUCUUCCGCUCUGCCAGCUUCCGCUCUAGUAGUGGAGAUGGUACUGCGCCAGUCACACCAAGUUCACCAAACCCUCCCUCUACUCCGUUGUCUGAACUGGGCACGAACCCCACCCUGAAGCAGUCGGCCUCGAUGGAGGUGAGGGUGGGCUCCCCAGUGGCGUCCCCUCUCCCCUCUACGCCUUCCUCCUCGGAGACGAGGUCCUUCCUCAACGACCGCACGGCCGUGACUGACGUGCACGACGUCCUCACGCGCAUGCGCAACGCGGACAUUGUGGUGGAGAGCGGCGACAGCGCGGAGGACCAGGCCGCGAGAUCCCUGCUCAACAAGUUCCUGGGCGCGUCCGUGAUCCUGCAAGGCAUGGAGCCGCUCGUGUCCGACAGGCACACCUCCAGCAGCACCAGCUCGGCCAGCGCGAGGCAGACCAUCGUGUCGGGCGGCGCGCCCGCCAGCACCACGUCGGCGGCGCUCGUCAGCCAGGUGGAGCGCCAGCGGCUGAGCGGAGCCAAGGGAAGAGCGAGUUGUUCAAAAGUUCUACCUCAACUGACGGCAGUAGCACAACACAUACUGAAGUGAGAACCAAGACUUCUCAUUUUACCUCCACCAGCAGCAUGGCUUCAAAUAAAGGUGGCCCUCCUAAACCCAUUUCCCCAUUUGCUAAAUUCCAGCAGCUGGAUCGUCAGAGCUCCUCAGCUUCAGCUCCUAGCUCCCCUAAGACACCGAGUACACCUGGUGCUCCAGGCAGCCCAAUAUUUAAAUUCACCGACCCCAAGUUGGCUCGGUCUGCAUCCAGUGUCAAGGACAACUUGCUGUACUGGUGUCAGUGCAAGACCAAGAAUUACAAGAAUAUCAAAGUAGAGAACUUCUCAAGCAGCUGGAACGACGGACUUGCUUUCUGCGCACUCAUUCACCACUUCAUUCCUGAUGCCUUUGAUUAUGAUGCUCUUGUGCCUACACAGCGCCGCAAGAACUUUGAGCUAGCCUUUCGAGUCGCUGAGGAAAAGGCAGAUAUUGCACCGUUGUUGGAUGUGGAGGACAUGGUUGUGAUGAAAAGACCUGACUGGAAAUGUGUCUUCACUUAUGUCCAGUCCAUCUAUCGGCGGUUCAAGGAUGAGGAUUAAGCUUCCUUUCUGCACCUCUAGCGCCUCUCGAGCAGUUCUCCUCAAAUAACAAAACCGACAAUUUCAUGUAGCAGAUUUUGAAGAUGAUAGUUCAUUCGCAUAUGAUGACAAUGCUGCCUAUCAGUUUAAGUUGCUGUGAUAAACUCAGGCCGUGGAUAGCAUAUUAGUGGUUGGAUAAAUUCUAUCAUGUUCAGUAAAAUAUUAUAAACCAGUUUAUAAAAACUUCAUAUUUUGUUUGUGUUCUCACCUUAUCAAGACGACUAUAUGUGUUUUGAUUUUAUUUGUAAAGUUAUUGGAAAAAUUCUUGAUUUUCUAGUCCUGUUUGAGUUAAUGCUUGUUGUAACUUGAUUGAUUUAUCUUUCCAAGCCUAUGUUUGAUACAUUUCUCAUUUUCUUUUAAUAUGGUCUGAAACAUGUCAAACUUUGUAACUUCUCAGAUCUUGUAAGUCUGCACUGCUGAUUUUUCAUAUUCUGUACCUUACUUGUGUUGUGGGUUUCUGUUUUGUAUGCAUUAUUUAUUUUCAUGUUACCAGUUGUUUCUAGAACUUUUUUUUGAUUUAUUUUACUAUUCAAGAAGCAGUGAAUGAGUGCGCAUAUACUUUCCCUUCUAGUGUUCAUGUAAAAGGGAAAUAUAAUAAAAAUCUAGCUUAAUUCUCUUACACAUUUUUUCUAACAUUCUUAUGAAACACAGCUAGAGUAAAUAAUUUUUAUCUUCAAGUAAAAUUUAACUGCGUAUUUUUCGAAUACUCUUGUAGGGUCUGACGUGCCUUCUUUGCAUAGAAGGUCCUCUCAGAACCUAACGCGAAGGCUGUUUAAUAUCAAAUUAUUAUGUGGUCUUUUAAUUAUACGGUGGUGAUACAAUGCAAAGCUGUUCUGUUGUUUUUCAUACUGAAAUGAAGCUUCUUCAGUUUAGAUUUCAUACAAUUGUAACUCAAGCUAUCUGCCUCUAUCUUUUUAAAAGAGUGUCUACUUACUAAUCAUACCCUCGGAAAGGACUGACUGGUCAAGGCUGCAUUAACGCUCAUCUGAUUAUUAUUAAUUGACAUACACUCGAAGCAAACCCUUUGUAUUCUCUCCUAUUUUAUUACUGCAGCACAUGCAAUUUGUAUCUUAUUUCAGAUUAAAUAUCUUAAAUAAAACAGGCAGCAUGGAACUAUACAAA